ACAGCCCGGUGACUCAGACUCAGACUGUCCAAGAGCGCCGCGUCUACACUGGGCGGCCUACUUACCCAAGAAGGGUUAAGAUCAGAACUCCGGGGAGAUCGCACAUCCGAGCUCAGAACCCUACCGGGCACCUGUCUCCGAGAGGAGACUCAGCUGCCCGGCUUCUGCAAACCUUCCCUUCCCCGUCUUCAGGUCCUUAAUCUUCAGGGACCCCCUGCCCACAGGGCGCUGCCACCCUGCCUGCCAUGGAUACCCCGUCGCAGCGGCGUGCCACCCGGAGCGGGGCACCGGCGGGCUCCACCCCGCUGUCCCCGACUCGGAUCACGCGGCUUCAGGAGAAGGAGGACUUGCAGGAGCUGAACGACCGUCUGGCUGUCUACAUCGAUCGGGUCCGUUCGCUGGAGACGGAGAACGCGGGCCUGCGCCUCCGGAUCACCGAGUCUGAGGAGGUGGUGAGCCGGGAGGUGUCCGGCAUCAAGGCCGCCUACGAGGCCGAGCUCGGGGACGCCCGCAAGACCCUGGACUCGGUAGCCAAGGAGCGCGCCCGCCUGCAGCUGGAGCUGAGCAAAGUGCGGGAGGAGUUUAAGGAGCUCAAAGCCCGCAAUGCCAAGAAGGAGGGGGAUCUGCUGGCAGCUCAGGCCCGGCUCAAGGACCUGGAAGCACUGCUGAACUCCAAGGAGGCAGCUCUGAGCACAGCCUUGAGUGAGAAGCGUACUCUGGAUGGUGAGGUGCAUGAGCUCCGGGGCCAGGUAGCCAAGCUGGAGGCAGCUCUGAGCGAGGCCAAGAAGCAACUUCAGGAUGAGAUGCUGAGGAGGGUGGAUGCUGAGAACAGGCUGCAGACCCUGAAGGAGGAGCUGGACUUCCAGAAGAACAUCUAUAGCGAGGAGCUUCGUGAAACCAAACGUCGCCAUGAGACUCGUUUGGUGGAGAUUGACAGUGGCAAGCAGCGGGAGUUUGAGAAUAAGCUAGCUGAUGCCCUGCAGGACCUGCGGGCUCAGCAUGAGGAACAAGUGGAGCAGUAUAAGAAGGAGCUGGAGAAGACCUACUCUGCCAAGCUGGACAACGCUAGGCAGUCUGCCGAGAGGAACAGCAACAUGGUGGGGGCUGCCCACGAGGAGCUGCAGCAGUCACGCAUCCGCAUCGAUAGCCUUUCUGCCCAGCUCAGCCAGCUCCAAAAGCAGCUAUCGGCCAAGGAGGCAAAGCUGCGGGAUCUGGAGGAUGCUUUGGCCCGGGAGCGGGAUACGAGCCGGCGGCUGCUGGCUGAGAAGGAGCGGGAGAUGGCAGAGAUGCGGGCAAGGAUGCAGCAACAGCUGGACGAAUACCAGGAGCUGCUGGAUAUCAAACUGGCCCUGGACAUGGAAAUCCAUGCCUACCGCAAACUCCUGGAAGGAGAGGAGGAGAGGCUGAGGCUGUCCCCCAGCCCCACGUCUCAGCGAAGCAGGGGCCGGACCUCGUCACAUUCAUCCCACACCCAGAGCGGGGGCAGCGCCACCAAGAAGCGAAAGCUGGAGACCGGCGAGAGCCGAAGUAGCUUCUCGCAGCACGCUCGCACCAGCGGUCGAGUGGCUGUGGAGGAGGUGGACGAGGAGGGCAAGUUCGUGCGGCUGCGCAACAAGUCCAAUGAGGACCAAUCCAUGGGUAACUGGCAGAUCAAACGGCAGAAUGGAGAUGAGCCCCUGCUGAGUUAUCGCUUUCCCCCUAAAUUCACUCUCAAGGCUGGGCAGGUGGUGACGAUCUGGGCCUCAGGAGCAGGAGCUACCCAUAGCCCUCCCACUGACAUGGUGUGGAAGGCUCAGAGUUCUUGGGGUUGUGGAAACAGCCUCCGGACAGCACUCAUCAGUGCCACUGGAGAGGAGGUGGCCAUGCGUAAGCUGGUACGCACGGUGACUGUCAAUGAUGAUGAUGAGGACGAGGAUGGAGAAGUCCUGCUCCAUCACCACCACGGUGCCCACUGCAGCGGCUCGGGGGACCCGGCCGAGUACAACCUUCGUUCUCGCACCGUGUUGUGUGGGACCUGUGGGCAGCCAGCUGACAAGUCCGGGAGCGGUGCCGGGCCCGGGGCUGGUGGCUCUGUCUCCUCUGCCUCCUCAGCCUCCAGUGUCACUGUUACUCGAAGCUACCGAAGUGUUGGGGGUACUGGGGGCAGUGGCUUUGGGGACAGCCUGGUUACCCGAUCCUACCUCCUAGGGAACUCACGCCCUAGAACCCAGACUCCCCAGAACUGCAGCAUCAUGUAACCUGGAACCUGGUGUGGGGAGAACCCAGCAGCCCUGUCUGCUCCCCCUUCCCACUUCAUGCCAAUUUUCUCCCCCCUCCUCCUUUCCUGGAGGGAGAGUCUGAAGCCAAAAAACCCCAAAACAAAACAAAAAA